AUGUCCAAAGAAGAAGACUCCAAGCACAACCCACCAAAUGUAGUUGCCAAAUUAAUGGGGAUUGAAACCCUUCCAAGGGAAGAGCCUAAUUUGUCUGUGGAAAGAAGCCACAGAAAAGGUGAUUCUCAACAUAUGUAUGGUCAUUUAGGGCCACCAUUCCAACAUUGGCAGCUGAAAGAUAGGUUUAUGGAUAAGGAGAUGCUUCAUGAAGUUCAUCCAAGUAGAGAACAGAUUGCUUACAAAGAUAUCUAUGAAAUAUGGCUCCAAUCUCAGAAAGCAAGCCAUGUAAGAGACAAGACACCAGAGAGAGGAAGGUGGAGGGAAGAUGUUGAUAGGGGAAAAAUGGCUCUCAUUCAUCAGAAAUUCAUGGAAGCAAAACAUUUGUCAACAGAUGAGAGACUGCGCCAGUCCAAGCAAUUUGAAGAUGCCUUGGAAAUUUUAAGCUCCAAUAGUGAUCUCUUAAUCAGGUUAUUGGAUUCUAAUAAGCUUUAUGAACAUCACUCUACUACUCCACCAGCUCAGACAAAGUGCAUUACUCUUAUUAAACCUUUGAAGAUGGUUGACAAUGGCAAAUCUGGUGGAAAGGGGAAGAAGAAUGAGAGACUGAUUAAGAAACCACCAAAUGUUGAUCAAGCAGCUAUAUGGGAGAACAAGAUUCAUGGAUACUAUCCAGAAAGUCAGAAAGUUGAUGAGUUCCCAGUUCAAUCUACUCGAAUAGUGGUAUUGAAGCCUAGCUUUGGGAGGACACAUAAACUCAAGGCUGUGGUUUCUCCAACAACUUCAUCACCUCUAGAAUCCACAGAAGCGGCAAAAGAGAUCACACAGCAAAUGCAUGAAGGUUUGAGGAGUUAUCAAAAGGGUGGAACUUUAUAUUAUGGCUAUUCUGGUGAUGAGUGUUCAUUUAACAAAUCAUAUCAUGAGUAUACAGCUGGGAAUUGCAGUGAUUUGGAAGCUAUGUCACCAUUGACAAGGCAUUCAUGGAAUUACACCAAUGGCUGUGACAGUACUUAUUCUACACCAUCAUUGGGUCUUGCAUCCUGUUCUCCUGAGUCAUCAGUGUGUAGAGAGGCAAAAAAACGACUUUCUGAAAGAUGGACCAUGAUGGCAUCAUAUAAAAAGGGUCCUCAAGAACAAAGACAUUUGCGGAGAAUCCCUACCUUGGGUGAGAUGCUUUCUCUUUCCCAUACAAAGAAAUCUGCAACAUCUGAGUUUGAGGGUAUUGAUGAAUGCCAAGAACCAAGCAAAUCUGUUUCUUGUAGUCACUCUUUCAAUGAAGGAACAUGCAUUGAUGGUUCUCCUAAAAAUCUUCCCAGGUCAAAUUCUGUCCCUGCAUACUCUACUGUCUAUGAAACCGGGCUCAGCAUUGAGGUUUGUGAUCACAAUGCUGGCAAAGCACAUGACUCCAAGGUGCUGACAAAGUCAAAGAGUAAGAGAUCAUCAUUUAAAGGGAAAGUUGCCAGUUUCUUGUUCUCAAGGAAGAAGAAAUCAACCAAGGAAAAAUCUUGUCCUACUCAAUCUAAAGAUGAAUCUCAAUAUAAUUUCAUUGAAACGUCAGUUUUUCCAGUAAAUUCACCUGGAGUCCUUACGGAUGAUAUGUCUCAAAGCAUCAAUGGUGGUGGCUUUGAAGAGUGUUCUAUUACAGCUCUAUAUGAAUCAUCAGGCAAAACUUCAACAGAUUCAGUCUCUAAGGGACACCAGCAAGGCAUAAUAACACCAGAGCCUGGAUUGACAGUGACAAAGCCCAUGGUGCCAGAUAUUUCAAGUGAAAACCAAGAACAGCCAAGUCCAAUCUCAGUGUUAGAACCUCCAUUUGAAGAUUAUAAUGCAGUUCAUGAAUCCUUGGACUCUACAAUGGGUGGUCACCAGGGAUCAUGGAUGCCUCUGAAGUCCAAUUUAAUAGACAAAUCACCACCUAUAGAAUCAAUAGCUCGAACCCUUUCAUGGGAUGAUUUUUGUGCAGAUGUAGCAGCAAGUCCUUAUCCAUUAAAACCCCUCAUGGUUUCUUCCUUAGAUGCCAAGGAAGAGGAACAAGAGUGGCUUCUCUUGGUCCAGAAACUACUAUCAGAAGCUGGACUUGAUGAUCAAGAAUUGUGCAACUCCUUUUACACUAGAUGGCAUUCCCUUGAAAGCCCAUUGGACCCAUCAUUGAGGGACACAUACGCCAAUCUGAGUGACAAGGAGUCUCAGCCUCUCCAUGAUGCCAGGAGAAGGAAGAUGAGAUCAAAUCAGAAGCUUGUAUUUGACCAUGUCAAUGCUGCUCUAUUGGAAAUUAUUGGUUAUGGAUCAGAGAGUUACUACUUCAAGGGUAGAAUGUAUAGUGGGAGCCACAGCAAGCUCCCAGUCCAAGAGGGUGCAUCUCCAUUGUUGUUGGACCACAUUGUGGCCCAAAUGAAGGAAUUAAUAGCUAGUGGGAGGAGGUGUGCUUGGGGGGGCUGUGGGGACAGCAACAGCCUGGUGGUAGAAAAUGUUGUGAAGAAAGAGGUUGUGGGGAUAGGGUGGAUUGAGCUUAAGGAAUUGGAGAUUGAUAUCUUGGGGAGGGAAAUAGAAGGAAAGUUGAUAGAAGAGCUUGUUGAGAAUGCUGUGGUUGAUUUUACUGGCAGAACCUGA